GUAAAACAGUGGGUUUGAGUGGGCAUUGAGAGGUGCAGACUAGCUUCUAUGUUUACUCAGGGAUGCCGCGCUGGUUAGGAUCUGGUUCUGACGGCAUGGAGCUGUUUUUAGCGACGGCUGAGAGAUCAGCAAUGGUCAGCGUUGCUUCUCUUCUGGCACGGAGGUUUUAUUAUGUCGGGGGAAGCGUGGCCGUGCCACAAAAGUGCCGCCUGGCUUAUCUGGUUGAGCGAUGUAUGAGUGUGAUGCAGUCAGGUACUCAGAUGGUGAAACUGAAGAACGGCUCCAAGGGCCUGGUUCGCCUUUUCUACCUGGAUGAGCAUCGCUCCUGUAUCCGCUGGAGGCCUUCCCGCAAGAGCGAGAAAGCCAAAAUCACCAUUGACUCGCUCUACAAGGUUACCGAAGGGCGACAGAGUGAUAUCUUCCAUCGGCAUGCCGAUGGGAACUUCGACCCCGGAUGCUGUUUCACCAUUUACCAUGGCAACCACAUGGAUUCUCUGGACGUCGUGACAUCCAACGCAGAGGAAGCAAGGACAUGGGUGACAGGACUCAGGUACCUAAUGGCGGGCAUCAGUGAUGAGGACUCGUUGGCCAGAAGACAGCGAACCCAUGACCAGUGGAUGAAGCAGACGUUCGAGGAGGCAGACAAGAAUGGAGACGGGCUCCUGAACAUCGAUGAGAUCUACCAGCUGCUUCACAAGAUGAACGUCAACCUGCCUCGUCGCAAAGUGAAGCAGAUGUUCCAGGAAGCAGAUACAGAUGACCAGCAGGGAACGCUAACGUUCGAGGAGUUCAGCGUCUUCUACAAGAUGAUGUCCUUAAGGCGAGAUCUUUUUCUCCUUCUCAUGUGCUUCAGCGAGAAGAAAGAUCACCUGACAGCCGAGGAGCUCGGUAACUUCCUGCGGGUGGAGCAAAAGAUGUCUAAUGUGACAACUGAGUUCUGUCUGGACAUCAUCGAUAAGUUUGAAGUGUCUGAAGAAAACAAGCAGAACGGCAUCCUGGGUAUUGAAGGUUGCUUUUGUCUGUUUUUCUCUGCGCAGUCUAACGGACCCACGGAGCACAUAGUCGAGUCCCAGAUCAGGAAGAAGCUCGACUCGUUGUUGAAAGAGUCUCAGAUCGUGGACAAGGAGGACACAGACAGCUUCUCUAUCCGAGCGCUGCUACGAGCUACACACGGAGGGCUGCACAAAAACCUGAGCAAGAAUUCCAAAGAAGGCAUGAAGAAGUCUCAGAGUCGAUCCUUCAUAAGCAACCUCAAGCAAAAGAGACACUCCAAAUCAAAAUUGAAAUGCCAGAGUGUGGACACCGACGAUGAUGGACAGGACACAGGAGGACAGUUCAACAGGGGUGGAAGGAGGAGGAAGACGAUAAAGCUAAGCCGAGACCUGUCUGAUUUGGUCGUCUUUACCAAUUCUGUUGUUUCUCAGGAGUGUCUGGAUGAAGGUCCUGUUUGUAACGUGCUGUCAUUCAGCGAGACUCGAGCUCAACACCCGGUGCACCACCGGGCCGAACGCUUCCUGAGCUUUAACCAGCGGCAGCUCUCACGGAUUUACCCCUCUGCCUACCGCAUCGACUCCAGCAACUUUAACCCUCAGACUUACUGGAACGUGGGAUGCCAACUGGUGGCUCUGAACUAUCAGACCGAAGGCCGAAUGAUGCAGCUGAACCGGGCGAAGUUCAUGGUCAACGGAGGAAGUGGCUACGUCUUGAAACCCCCACCCAUGUGCAAUGGUUCCUUUAAUCCAUACAGCGAUGACCCUCUUCCAGCAUACCCUAAAAAACAGCUGAUACUGAAAAUCAUCAGCGGCCAGCAGCUCCCUAAACCACCUGACUCCAUGUUGGGGGAUCGAGGAGAGAUUAUUGACCCCUUUGUGGAGGUGGAGAUUAUUGGUCUUCCAGUGGACUGCUGUAAAGAACAGACCCGGGUUGUUGACGAUAAUGGUUUUAACCCGGUGUGGGAGGAAACCCUAUCGUUCACGCUGCACAUGCCUGAGAUCGCAUUAGUACGUUUUCUAGUAUGGGAUCAUGAUCCUAUUGGGCGAGACUUUGUUGGCCAGAGGACAGUCGCCUUCACCAGCCUCAUGCCAGGUUAUCGACACGUCUACCUGGAGGGCAUGAUGGAGGCAUCCAUCUUUGUCCAUAUCUCAGUGCAUGAUAUCUACGGCAAGUGGAGUCCCCUAAUCCUCAAUCCCAGCUAUACCAUAUUGCACUUUCUAGGAGCUAAUAAGGGUCGUCAGUUACGGGGUUUCCGGGGUUUCUUCAGCAAGGGCUCCAAGUCCUCUGUGGACACACAAUUUGGUGUUCUACCACGUAAACGCUCUUUGAGUAACCACCUGUUGCGCAGGACGGCUAGUGCUCCAGCCAAAGGACGCAAGAAGACAAAAAUGAUACUGUCUGAAAUCUCACUGGACAAGGAAGAAAGCUGCAAUGGGGAUAGCAAGCAACAAGUUGUGGAGAAAGUGGGUCCCAGGAUGGACCUCCAGCACCGGCCAGUCUCCAUGCCCCUGGAGAGGCUCCUACAGGGCCGGCUUACUGUAUCCUCUUCUGAGCAAGAGGGAGCCAGCACUAUAACUGACAUGUUUUUGGAGAAGCCGAGGUCUGCUUCUGUGGAUCUCCUCAUUGAAACCUCUGUCCCUGAUGUCCUUGACAACAAUCCCCACCAUACCCAACAGAUCCAGCAGAGGACUACUGAGAGUACAGGAACUGAUGGAACAUCUUACUUCGUUAUAGGAAAAUGUGGUGAAUCUAGCACCGAUGUCCUUUCAGAACCCCUUGUGCAUAGUUUGACCCUGCAAACCAAAGCUCCUUCUCAAAGGCCUGCACAAGGUCAAUCGAGAUUCUUGGAUCAAAUUGACCAUAAUGUUAGCUUGCAGACUGAGGUCCACCAAAGGGAGGCUCCUACAAGUAACAAAACAUCCAAAGCAGCUUCAUUUGAUAUACCUUCCUCUUUUGACAUGACUCCUUUUCCACCCACACUACAUCAGUCUAGCCAGCAGGAAUUGAAGUCACUUCAGGACAGUGCUCUGUCUCACCUCAUUGAUGCUGUGUCCCUAGGCAAUGAGUAUGAUUCAUAUGGGUCCAUAUCAGCUCUUAUUGGUCAGUUUGAAAUGACUGCUGAACAGAGCUUAAGUCUGUCUUCAGGGUCCAAACCCAAUCAGUUAUCUGUUCCACAAAUCAGCAACCCUCUAUUCAGCACCCCACAAAAAAUUAUCCAGGACUCAUCACAAAUUGCCAAACAGCCCAUUGAAAAACACCUUCCUUGUAGUCCUGAGACCACUGAAUCAACUGUCUUUACUAUUCUAGAUGAGCAAGUGCUUUCUCAUGUCUCUGUUUAUGACUUUCCUGAUCAGACAAUCUGCAACAACCUAGAGAACUUGGACUGUACAUUUUCAAGUGGCAGCAAGUGUCCCCCUUUUAGCAAGAUAACUUUUGAAAGAGAAGUAAAAGAGAACAGUAGAUGGGAACCUAAAGGUAAAAAAAGCUCCAAUUCCCAUUGCCAUACCCCUGAGUUUUCACAGAAUUGGAAAUAUGAAUGUUACAAAGACACCUCCAUAAACAGCACAGCCUCAGAGCGUUUCCUUAUCUGUCAUGACUCUGUUAGCAGCAGCUUGAUGGAAGUGGAGGUUAAUGUGGAUGGAGAACCCUUGGAUGGUACCUUGACUCUGGCAUCAUCACAUCAUGAGUCAGAACAGAAUUCUCUUUACUUACCACCCUCACUGAGCAACCAUUCAUAUAAACUCACAGAAUCUUCACUGAUUCAUACUUCAUCCCCACAAAUACCUUUUGUUUCCAGAACUCAUCAGCAUGAAUACCAAAUCGACCAGCCCCAGACAGAGCAGUGUAACAGAAGUAAUGCUAUUUUAUCAGGACAUUUUAGGCCUGGUAGGUACAAUGGGGUCACUUAUAGUAACAGGCAUGUUGAGACUAGGGACAAGAAUGGUAUGAUCUGCAAGACACAGCAAUUACAGAAUGGGUUUCCUUCCUCAAAAUAUCUUUUAAGGUCUCAAGACAUCAACUCUAAACCACAGAAUGUCUGCUAUAUGUCUGGGUCUGAUUGUGAUAUGAUCUAUACAUCUGUGGAAUACAAAGAUACUGUUGUUCCACCUAAGCAAUAUUCUUUGCAACAAAACCAGGCUUUGAAACAAACUGAAUCUGAGAUAUACAAAGGGAUCUACCUUGUUGGAUCUCCAGUCCAAACAGAUCCAAGUACUUGUAAGUCUAAGAGCUUGGGUGACUUAACAUCUGAGGAUAUCUCGUGCAACUUCCAGAGCAAGUACAAAGUCAUCAGCCGCAGCUUCAUCACUCCAGCCAUGCGAGACCUGAAGCGGAUGCGUGGCCGGGCCAAUCAGCCACAGGCUUCAGACCCUCUGACAGAACAGCUUCGUAAACUAGUGACUUUAGAUGAUGUAGACCCUCGCACCAUACCCUCUCAAUUACAACCGAACCCAAAGUUUCUCUCAGUGUUCCCACCAGUGCCACUCAAUUCUGUAGUUUCCACAGAGGAGUCAAAUGAACCUCCACCUGUUCUGUCUCGAAAGCUUUCCUCACGUAGUCAAAGUCGGGUACGCCACAUAGCCAGUCGUGCCCGGGAGAGGCAGCAGGAAGCUCUCAAAUUACGACCUGCAGGGGUUUCUUCUGAUGUUGUUCUCCGUAAUAAAACAGUCUCCACUCAAAAUCCCCACAACAAUAGGCAUUCCACUGGCUCCUACAUUGCCGGAUACUUGGAGCAGGCAGGGCUGGAAGACCGUGGCCUGCCUGAGGGAUCAUGCAGGAAGCUUUGUUAUAGCUACCAUGAUCAGAGUUAUGCUGAUGACUCUGUGCUCCCUCAUAAUUCCUCUGAGCCUGAGGUCUACUUCCUUCUAAGAAUUUGAAAUUAUCUUCCUAAUUUGGCUGUAUCCAAACUUGCUGCCAUUGUGAAUUCCCUUUCAAUGUUUAAUAUUUCACAGAUUCUAAGGCUGUACUUGUGCUUUUAAGCAUACACACUUCCAACGCCAAUGAACAAUAGUGUACUCUAAUCGUGCACGAGUACAGCGUUAAAAAAAAAAAAAUCUAAAUCAAAGCUUCCAGUAUUGUGUAAAUAUUGCCAUAGAACCUGAACAUGCAAGUUCCUGUCUUAGACGCACUACAAAAAAUUAGCCUAAGUCAAGCUUUUAAAUGUUGUCGUUUGGAGUUUGUAUUGUAGAAAUAACAAGUUUAAUGAUGGUUGUUUUUGAAAUGAAGACAUUUCUCAUUUGUUUGUCCCUUUUUUAAAUGGUUCUUAACUGACUUAGAGGGGCUUCCAUUCUGAAAUCUACCAUUUGUCCAGUUUUCUUGUAUCAGUUUUUGUUAUUUGUCUCUGGUGUUUGCAUAUCCAUUGACAUAUUAGUCAAAUGUGCCCCUACUUAAGGCCCUAUGGGUUUUAAAUUUGAUAACGAUAUGUGUUGUUCCAGCAUGUUAACUGUGGACAUAUUCAGCAUGACUAUGCACAGAUAAUAGAUAGAUGUGUCUGUGCCCUGUUUACGUAAAACAUUUACUACAUUCCAUGAACAGAGAGCAACACAAGAAGAAGUAAAAAACUUGCCAGCUGGUUUCUUACACUUUCUUUCAGGCAUGAGUUCAUUUAUUAUAAACAUUACUUCAGUUUCAAUGAAAAAACCCUGUGAGGUUAAAGUUUUUAUUUUUGUAAUUGUUUUGAUACAGAUAGCAAAAAAAAUGACACUUGAUGGUCGGAUUAUUGUCUUUCUUUUAGAAAGGAAGCAUUUCACAGUACUAGCACAACUAGCCUGAGGCAGUUUCAGGUCUAGAUUAUUAACUGAGCCAGUUGUGUUUUUGAGUUUUUCUGUUUAAAGGGCAUUCGAUUUUUCUUUUGGUUUUUGUUCAUAAAAUGCUCUUACCAAUGCAAUAAAGUACUGUUUGUCAUUAAAUUAAUCAGCAUGUUUCAGUUCAAUUGUAUUUGGUUGUUGCCUUUAACAACGUCACAUAAACAUCAUCACAAUGCUACUUUACAGAGUGUAGUUUUAGAUCCAUAUAGAACAAGCCAUUGGUGACAUU